GAGAGAGAGAGAGGGAGAGGGAGAGGGAGAGGGAGAGAGAGAGAGAGAGAGAGAUGUCGCUUGUGGAUUAUGCCUCCUCAUCAUCAGAUGAAGAAGACGAACCAGUCGCUAAACAAGAACCUCGGAACACCCUUAAUCUCCAAAAAUCACCCCCGGAGAAACCUCAACCUACCAACAAUGUACCCUCGAAAUUACCUGAUGCAUCGAUGCUCUUGGAUUCGCCAUCUCUGCCAUCCAAUAUGAGUGGAACUUAUGAUCACACGUCUGUAGUUGCAGCUGCAAUGGCUCAAAACGCGUCGCGCAAAAGAGAUUUGAAAGAUUCGACGGCUUCUAAUCCUCAUGGGAAGAUUCCGAGAGGGAAUUUGCCUCGCCCAAAGAAUGUUCAGAAGACUGCAGGCGGUCUUCUUUGUCCACCUCAGCUUAGCGGAAGGAGCAAUGUGGUUACGGAAGAUAUAAACAAGUUGUUUACGAGAAGAAAUGGCUCUGAACCGCCAUCUACAAGACCUCCAAGUGAAUCUUAGCUUAUUUUCUUGUAACUUAGUAACAUAUGCAAGGAUUCAUAAGAUGGUCAAAAUGUUGUUAGGAUCUUUAGUGGAAAGUUGAAUCAUACAAUUUGGGGUUGUUAGUGUUUGGAUGUUCAUCUUUUGCUCUUUAGAGAACGAUAUAAAAGUCAAAAUUGGGGUGGAUCAUGUAUGAUGGUUUAUUUUGUACUUGAUGCCUAACAUGUGAUGAUGUAUGCAUGUAUGAUAUA